AUGGCUGAAGGACCACCAGGACCCUCUCAGUCUGUGGAGAUAGACGCAGACUUCGAGCCUCUUUCCCGCCCGCGGUCUUGUACCUGGCCAUUGCCCAGACCCGAGCUGCUGGAGCCGGGGAGUUCCAGCACAUCCUCCCCCGGGCCACCACUGCAGGAGCCCGCGGACUCUGGAGACUACAUAAGCAACCUCGCACUGUUAGAGGAGGACUAUGACGAGUACACUGAGCAGACAUCCCCCGCACUGAGCUCUGAGUACCAGGGCAUCCGCAUCCAGCUGCAGCAGAGGCGCUUAAGCGGCUGUACUCCGCAUGUGCAGCCGCCGCAACAGGUGCUUGUCCCCGCACCUUUAGGUGCCUCCAGCGGCAUAAGCCAGAGGAAAAGCAGCUCGUCCCGCCGUAAUGCCUGGGGGAAUAUGUCUUACGCUGACCUCAUCACUAAGGCCAUAGAGACCUCACCCGAGAAGAGGCUGACGCUGUCACAAAUUUACGAUUGGAUGGUCAAAAGUGUGCCCUACUUCAACGACAAAGGGGACAGCAACAGCUCAGCAGGAUGGAAGAACUCUAUCAGACACAAUCUGUCACUGCACAGUCGCUUUGUGCGUAUCCAGAACGAGGGCACAGGAAAGAGCUCCUGGUGGAUGCUUAAUCCUGAGGGAGGAAAGAGCGGGAAGUCACAGCGACGCAGAGCUGCCUCCAUGGACAACAACAGCAAGUUCACGAAGAGCCGAGGCCGUGCUACCAAGAAGAAGAUGACAGGAACUGACUUGGUUAACAGCACUUCCCAUAGUCCUUCUACUCAGUACUCACACUGGCUCGGAAGCCCUCACUCUCAAAGCACUGAAGACCUGGACUCCUGGAGCACCUUUAGGUCCAGAACCAGCUCUGACGCCAGCACCCUCAGCAGCCGCAGGUCCCCUUUGCCCUCCGAACAGGAUGAGGUGGGCGAUCCUGACAUGCACAUGGCUUACUCUGUGGGGCCCAAGUUGACCGCCACACUGCCAAAACCGUCUAAGAUGUCGGGGUCCGUUGCUCAAAGAGGAUCAGAAAAAGUCAUGGAGAAUCUCCUGGACAACCUUAACCUCUUGACACCCCAAAAUUCCCAAAUGGUAUCCGACACAGUGCAUACUUCAAAUGGCCCCAUGCAUCAGAAUAGCCCAUUCACUUCCUCCCUCCAUAAGAGCAUGUACACCCAGGUGAAGAUGAGCCCACUGCUCCCUGUUUGCAUGCAGGCAAACAAGGGCAGCUUUGGGGUUUACCAGAACACUUAUAAUAACUUCCCAGCGAAAGCCAUUCUGGAAUCAGAUGGUGAAGCCGCACAAGGCUCUUUGAGGACUGGUUGCUUGUUGCCCUCUUACAAUAGCCAAAAUCCUCCAAAUCCACGCGCUCUGGUGAAAAUGGCUAUUCCACAGUCUUACCAGAGCCCUGUGCCCUCACGAGAAUUGAACACCUGUAACAUGAUUCCGCUCACAUAUUUAACCAGCCGUCAAGAGGCUCCUCUGCAACUGUCCCACACAACACACAGUCAUCAUUUCAUGGCUUCUAGUAGCACUAAUAAUGGCUACACUGAGCUAACUCGAGUGCACCCUCGUGGGCAUCAGCAGGAGAGGCUGCCCAGUGAUCUUGAUAACAUGUCCAUCGAGAGGUUUGAGUGUGAUCUGGAGUCAGUCCUACAUGAGACACUGAUGGAUGGGGGAGCGCUGGACUUUAACUUUGAACCAGCAGGGGCACAGGGCUUUCCACCCAGAGGGAAAAACACCUCACAUAGCUGGGUGUCGUCCGGAUAG